GGUAAGAAGGGCGCUGGAAAGGGCAAGAACACAAAGACCUUCCGCGGCCACGCCGCAACCAAGGCGGGCGAGCCCAUAUGCUUUCGCUUCAAUCAGUCUGAGGGCUGCGCCAUUCCGUCUUGCAAGUUCAAGCACGUUUGCAGUCACUGCUUUGACGUCAAUCACAACUUUAUUGGAUGCCCCAAGCGGCGGCCUGCGGCAGACACCGCGGGGAAGCACUGA